AUGGCAAAUAAAAUUCCCACAGAAAUAUUAAUAAAAAUUUUAAAUAAUAAUGUUCAAUCAUCUCGUUCAACUCAAGAUUUACAUUCAUCCUUAUUAGUUAAUCGAUUCUGGUGUAGGGUUACUGCACCUAUACUUUGGGGAUUACCUUUGGAUCAAGAAUUUCGUUGGAUGGGUUAUAAGAAGUUGAAGAAGAAAGCAUUAUGUAUUCGAGCUUAUAUAUCAUGUUUGGAUACUCAAUCUAGAACUUUACUUACUCAAAAUGGUUUUGAUUUAUCAUCUUCACCACCUCAAGCUACUUUUGAUUAUCCAUCAUUCAUUCAUAAAGUUAGAAUUGAUAAUUUAUCUUAUUUUAUUUCCAUAUAUUCACAACAAAUUUUUAGUUCAGAUCAAGAUAUUGAUAAAAAUAAUAAAAGUAAAAAACCCAUCAUUGUCACCAAAUCAAGAAUAUUAUUUCGUGAAAUAUGUGAAUUAAUAACAAAUCGUUGCACAUUUUUGAAUUCUUUUCAAAUGACCAAAAUUGCUUUUAAAAAUUUUCUAAAUGAUGAUUUAAUUUGUUCAAUUCUCAAGUCCCCGAAAGUAUUUAAGAAAUUAGAGACAUUUGUUUCGUCGACAUUAAAUGAUGAACUAAUUGGUACAUUAUAUGGAUCAUUAGCAUUAAUUUGUGAUAAUAUUUUAAAUAUGGAUUUGGAAUUUAAGUCAGAAUCUCAAGUCUUAUUAUUAGAAAAUCUUAUUAGUGUUCAAAAACAGUUAGAAAAUCUAUCAAUUACUGAUUAUUGUUAUAAAAUAAAUUGUAAUUCAUUAUUAUCGGUUAUCUUUAGUCAAAAAGAAACAUUAAAGAGUCUUCGUUUAAAAUUUGUAAGAUUUUAUGAUUUUGAGAAGAAAUUAUUACCAAUUGGACGAUUUACUUCACUUAAAGAACUUUAUAUUGAAAAUUGUUAUGGAUUGAAUCAAUUGGAUUGUUUAUUUUUUGCUCCAUCAUUUAACCAAUUAAGUAUAUUUCAUUAUUUUCAUACAAAUUAUCAACUUAAUGGGGAUGCUCACAAAUUUAUUGCAAAAAUUCUAGAAACGGCCAAUACAAAUUUAAAAAAUAUUUGUCUAGAUAUAGAUCACUCAAUUCCAUUUGAUGUGCUUUCAGUAAUUUUAAAUUGUUGUACAAAGGUUACCGAAUUAACUUUACUAAAUUUAAAUAUUAUACAAGCAAUAGCAAUAUUUCAUAAUAAGUUUAAUGAAUUAAGGAGUUUAUCAUUUGGUUAUGAAAAAGAAUUGGAUGCUGAAGAAUUAUUAUGUCAAAUUGGUGAAAAAGUACCUGAAUCACUUGAAACUAUUGAAAUUAGAAUGGGGGCAUUUAGUGCCGAAAGUUUAGAAAAACUUUUUAAAGGGUGGUGUCGUAAAGGAGGAGGAAGAAAUAAAAGGAUUAUUGUAAAACGUACAAUACAAGCGCAUCGAUAUCGAUUUACAUUAAGUGAUGAACAUUGGAAAGUUAUUGAAAAAUAUGGAGUUCAAAUUGAUAUAGAAUAA